AUCACAAACAAGCACAACCUAGCGUGAAAUCGGCCUAAAACACGAGAAUCAACACCUCAAACGGUGUAAGAAUGGGGGUAAAAACAUGUGUAAAUGACGGUCUAUCAAACCUCUUUCGAUAGAGGGAGUCUAGUUCAGAACGCCUUGAUCAGUUGUUCUAGAGAAGGAUACGUCCCUCUAGGCAAUUGACUCAAGAGGGCCUUGUUCCUUUAGUCGAGACUCAAGGUCUAGUCAAGGAUUCUCCGCAUUGUGAAUGAAAGUGAAACAAGUUGGAAAUCAUCAAUUGUUUGUCUGGCUAGUGGCUAGGGGGAAUCAUACCUAAGUGAGUUCCCAACCUGUAAUUAGAUUAACUUUAACUGUAGUUUGCUAGAGUAGUUUUAGUUCUUUCAUCUUAAUCUGGUUUGCUAAAUAAUAAACUGAAGCUGAGUAAUAGUAACUCUAGAGACCCGUGGAUUCGAUAUUUAUCACUUGAGCCACUAUACUGCAGUCCCUUUCAUUGGUUACACUUGGCCUUUGUUAGGUGUUGUGUUUUAGCGAGUCACCGAACCACCUCAAGUCCCAGGAAAUAAGAAAGAUGACCCAAAAACUUUUAAGCUAAAGGAUGCAUGGAGAUCUGACUUAAGCUGUGCAAUACCCACCUCAUCAUUACCAGAAAUGAUCAUAUCAUCAACAUAGAUAAGCAACACAACUAUCCCAUGAGAAGUCGACUUAAUGAACAACGAAGGAUCAUUAAGGCUCUGAGUAAAACCAAACCCCGUCAGAGUAUCAUAAAACUUAUCAAACCAGGCACGGGGGGCUUGUUUCAAACCAUAGAGAGAAUGAUGGAGAAGACAAACCUGGCCAGGCUUGCCAUGAGUGUAACCCGGGGGCAUCUCCAUGUAGACAACUUCUUGGGACGAUCUGGCUGACAAAUUCGUUCACAGGUACUAUCCGGCAUCGAAGACUACCGAGAUACAGCGGGAGAUCACUCACUUCCGCCAAGAGCCAGAUGAGUCACUUCGUGAUAUAUGGGAGCGGUACAUGGGUUAUUUCUGGCAGUGUCCCCAUCAUGGCUUUAGUGAUGCAUUCACAAUGGGGAACUUCUACAGUGCUCUCUCUCCAGAUAGCCAGAGGGUGAUUGAGUCUCUAUGCCCAGGAGGGGAUAUUCUUACUAAGACUCCACCCGAGCUGAACCAGAUGAUCAAUACUUUGGCUGCCAGAGAUCAUUCCUGGGGGCAGAGCAGCCGAGGCAGACAUUCCCGGGACCGUGGUGUGCACGCCAUGGAGACCAGAUCCGGGCUUGAGCAGCAUGUAGCUGAGUUAGUGCAGACAUUGAAGCAGCCCAACAGUCUGAUUCCGGGCAGAGGUUUGGCUACACCUCCAGUAGCUCAAUGUCAGUGGUGCGAGAGCUCCAAUCACCUAGUGGAGGACUUCCAAGCUAUGAGGGAGUCUACCACUCCCCAAGAGCAGUUGGACUUCAUCGCCAAUUCUCGGCGCCUCGACCCGUACAGCAACACAUAUAAUGAGGGGUGGCGCCAGCAUCCCAACUUCGCCUGGAGCAGCAACACCACUAAACCACCUGGUUUCCCAGCACCAGCAGGUGGUUUUCAGCAGAGGCAGCCCUUCCAGGCUCGACAGGGGCCAGCCCCACAGCAGCACCCCUACCAGCCUAGGCAGGGGCAACCUUUCCAGCAGCCCCAGCGCCAGUUUGCCGAGCCAGCAGCAGCUCCGGCCCCAGAUGACCGGAUGACAAAGCUGGAAAAUAUUCUAGCUUCAUUCAUGACUAGCACUCAGGCUGCUAUCACGUCACUGGAGGCAGGUCAGCGGAACCAGGGUGCCAUUUUGCAAGAUCUGCAGCACCAGGUGGGCAUCUUGGCCCGCCAAAACACUACCAGGGCACCGGGGUCUCUGCCUGCCACCACUAUCCCGAACCCUCGAGAUCCUCACCAGCUCCAGCAGCUGGAUGCCAUUUUUACCAGGAGUGGUAAGACCAUAUCUGCUGAUCCUGUCCCGGCCAGACAGGAGGAACCACUACCUGCUUCAGCACUUCCAGCCGACGAUGCAGAAGUGCGGGUGGAGAAGGAAGCCCCUGCUCCCAAGCCACAACCAGUGGUUAAGGAGCAUGUACCCCAGCUUCCCUUCCCCACUCGCCUACACAAAGACAAGCUGGAGACUGAGUUUGCCAAGUUUAUGGCAAUGUUGAAGCAGCUCAACAUCAACAUACCGUUCGUGGAGGCACUGUCGAAGAUGCCCAAGUAUGCCAAGUUCAUGAAAGACCUCCUCACCAACAAGAAGAAACUUGGGGAUCUUUCGACAGUGAUGCUCAGUGAGGAGUGUUCUGCUAUCCUGCAGAACAAGCUGCCCGAAAAGCGCAAGGAUCCAGGGAGUUUUACUAUCCCUCUUACUAUUGGCAGCAUGCAUGUAGGCAAGUCCUUGGCGGACCUAGGCGCUAGCAUAAAUGUCAUGCCAUAUAAGUUGUAUAAAAAGCUAGACCUAGGUGAACUUAGCCCUACUAGGAUGAGCAUUCAGCUAGCUGAUCGUUCCAUUGUGCAUCCUAGGGGAAUCAUAGAGGAUUUGCUUGUCAGUGUCGGUGCAUUCACAUAUCCUGUUGAUUUUGUUAUUCUUGAUAUACAUGAGGAUGUGGAUGUGCCAUUGAUUCUGGGGAGACCAUUUCUUGCCACCGCCAAGGCACUUAUUGAUGUGCAUGAUGGUAAACUGAUCCUGCGUGCUGGGAAUGAACAUGCUACUUUUUCUGUGACUGAAUUUGAUCACUGUGCUAUGAUUGCUGUCACACCUGUGCAUGCCAUUUCUGAUCAGGUACACGAGCCUGUCGUGUAUCCUUCUGCACCUCUUAUUUUGCAGGACCCUCCUAUCAUUCCUUCGCCACCACUCCAUCCAGCCUCGCCUCCGAACAAAAAGCUCAAGGAGGAGUGGCGGCCGACGCAGCAGGUUGCUAAGCCUGCGCGGAAGAAGAGUGGAGACCACUAUGAGCUGGUCCCACCUCCUGCACCACGACCACCCUGGCCAUCCGGGUACUCACUCGCCUGCAUCUUACCGGAUGGCCAGGUCGAGCUGACUGAUGAUGGUGGUCGCAUCCGUCGGGUGCAUGGCCACAACCUGAAGCUGUACCUCAAGAGCGACGUGGAUCCGCUCUUGAAGACACCUGUUCCUGCACCGCCCUGAGUAUCCACCAUGGGCGUCCAGCUAAAAGACGGUAAAGAAGCACUUGUGGGGAGGCAACCCCACCACGGUGUGACUUUCUUUCUUGUGUUUUGAGUCGGAUUGUAAACCAGUUGGUUUUGGUUUGUUUUGGAUGAUGUCUUAUUGGGAUGACAUUAGACCUAACAUAUUGUGUUUGAGCUCUUUGGUUUCUUUUGGCUGUGCUUGUCUUGACUGGUCCUCUAUCCAGUCCACUUCACUCCGACUGGUCCGUUUCCAGUCUCCUGCAGUCCGUGUAUACCGGUAAUAUCGUUCCCCUUUCCCUUCCCUCUUCUCCAUUGAGGGCAAUGUCGAUCUUAAGUGUGGGGGGAUGUUUAUCUUUAACUGCAUUAGAUCUGUUUGUGUGCUUGGAGCCUAGUCCACUGUCCAAAUUUUUAAAUUUGAGGGCUCCAAGUACGUGUUUCCGUGCAAUUGCCUGCUCAGUAUGCUUUGAAUUGACAGUCUUUAUAGUAAUGUGCAACCUAGGGAGGUAGUGUAGCACUAUGGAGGAUGUUGAUGCAUUUAAGAAGUCUCAUUUCUUCUUCAUAUUGUGUUGGUUGAUUGAGUGAAUUAGUGAUCUUAGGACCCUUGAAUUGUGUGGUGUUGUGGAUUCUCUACCUGUCAUGGACUCUUGUUUCAUGUUUUGAGUUUAACAGGUGCUCGAAAAUGUGCCUUAAAAUAACGUCUCCCGUGCGAAUAGGGCGAAAGUGUGUAAGGGGAGACGGGAAUUCGUUCCCAAUUUCCACCUACUACCUCCAGCCCCCUUACAUGUCUUUCCCCGCACGAGGCUCGAGACAUCUGCUCCUAGCAUGGCCGGUAAGAGCAGGUUGGGACCCCUGGAAAAAAAAAGAGAAGAAAAAAUAACAGAAAACAAGCAAAACAGAAAGAAAAAGAGGUUCCAACCAUCUUGAAGAAGAAAAUAGAGCACCUUGAAAAAU